UUACGUUUUUUAUAAAUUGAAUUGAGGUUAGGGUUGGAGAUUUACAGUCAGUCAGUGUUAACCUAACUUUGUUAAAUAUUUAUUUAGAUUGUGUCUGUGUGUCUAGGAAGUUAAUUAUUGUGCUGUAAACUAUUUAUGUCUUGAUCAGACAAUGGCAAGUAUUUGUGCGAAUUCCGACGUAGUAUCUGUAUCUUGCGGGACUAAAACUGUAAUUACUCGAUUAAGUGAUGGAGUGUUGUUUCCUUUUAAACAUUCAGAUAUCGGUGAAACGAUUAUAACUGAAGUUAAUGAUGAUACUCAUACUAAUAAUAAAGCAUCAAGUGAUAGUGAAGAAAUAGGGAUAGGUCUGGCAUGUUGUGACAUUUCUUCUAAUGGACACCUGAUGGCAUUCUGCACUCUGGGGAAACUUCUUUGUGUUGUUGACCUACAAGAUAGUAAGCCCUCUAUUAUUAAAGUAUGUAAGCUUAUCAGAGGUGCAGGCAAAGUUAGAUUCACCCCUGUCAACAAUCAUCUAGUUGUUGCUGACAAAUCUGGUGAUGUGUACUUGUUCCAACCUCAAUCAGAUGAUAACUCUGGACAACUCAUAUUGGGCCACCUUUCUCUUUUGUUAGAUAUUUUAGUUACACCUGAUGAACAGUUCAUCAUAACUUGUGACAGGGACGAGAAAAUAAGGGUGUCCAGCUAUCCCAGUGGCUACAAUAUUGUUGCAUUUUGCUUGGGCCAUUCUGAAUUCGUAAGUGCUUUGCGUCUACUCCCUCAUGAUUCAAAAUAUUUGAUUUCAACUUCUGGUGAUGGCACAAUUAGGUUUUGGAAUUAUUUACUUGGAAAAGAAGAAACUGUUUGCAAUGUCUCCCAAAUAUUUGGUCAAGAUAAAGGUGAAGGAGAAGAGGAAUCAGAAAGUAACAUCGCAGCCAUUACUGAUGCUGCAACAACUUCUUUGGAUAGUUCAACUUCACUAAUUUGUGUAACCGUUGACAACUUCAAUGCUUGUUUAGUGUACAAGUGCUCAAGUGAGAAUGAUAAGUUUUGUUGCAAUUUUAUCCAGAACAUACCUUUUCAAAACAGCCAUCCAUGGGGCUUGUCGUUGAGUUCAAAUAUUUUAUGGCUAGUUAUGAGUUUAAAUGACAUUGUACUUGUGCAAAGCAUGGUUUUUAACCUAGAAGUGUUCAAGUUUCAAGACAACAUGACCGGAUGUGUGGCUAAAGCUGUGGAGGAAAUAAAUAAACAAAAUAUGACUGCUGACCAGAAGAAAAAUGUUGUGAAUCUUCUUUUCAAGAGGAAGUUUGAAAAUGUUCAAGAUUAUCUCAGACGGAAAGAGCUCAGAUUAUCUGCUACAGAACCACCCAAUAAAAAGGUUAAAGCUUAAUUAAAGUUGCUCACAUAUUCUAA